AUGUUUACAAAGUACAAUGCAACAAACUGCAGUAUGAAGUUGCAAGACUCUCUGGAGAAUGUUCAAUUUUGGCUCUGGUGUGACUAUGAUAGGUGGCUCAAUGCACUACUGGCAAUCAAGGAACAAUGUCAUGGAGUCUGGGCUGAACUUGUCAUCAAAAAGUUAGCUCCACCAACAUGGGCUAGACUCUGUGCUAUGGGUCAGAAACUCGUCCAUACCUUCAUGGAAAAAGAGUUUCUGCUGUUUAGGCUCAACACACAUGGAUGGAAGCUUUCCCUUCUUUGCACCACCAAUUAUCCUAACUGGCAUAAGAGUCAUAUCAACAAUGAAUCAAACUGGAAGAUGGACAACAAGAAGGUCAUAAAGCAUGAGGUGGCAGGCAGCCAUGACGACAUUGACAGCAACAUUAAUGAUCUAGAAGCUAAACCUCUUGUCAUUUCAAAGGGCAAGAAGUGUGCAUGUGACACUGAUGAUACUAAAGCCACUCACAAGCAUGUAAAGGAAUCUGGGUCUUUGCAUGGUGACUCAGAUAUUACUGCUUCAUUGUCUUCCACAACCAGCAUAAUCAAGUUGCUGAGUCACUCAUCAGCAUCUGCUGCUGGCAGCUUUGACAUUACUGCUUCAUUGUCUUCCUCAAUCAGCAUCAUCAAGUCGCUGAGUUACUCAUCAGCAACUGCCACUGGAAGUUUGGAUGGGAAUUCAUCUGCUCUAAGUCAAAUCUGCAAGACAGUACUACUUGACAAGACCUUUUUGCCCCCACCACCCCCACCACACCCUUCACCAAGUCCCCCCCAUGGUGUCUAUCUUCCCCAGCCCAUUUCUUGUAUGAACCAUUCACAGGCUGAAAAGGAGAACAUACUGAUUUUCCUGAAGAAUCCACUUGCAGAUGUGUCUGGCGGUGUGAAUGGCAUACCUAAAUGGAUUCCCUCCCCUGCACUAUGUGACCCUAACACUGCUGUGAAGAGCGUCCUUUGGAAGAAGUCCAAGGCCAGUAAUUGGCAGAAGAAUAUCAACAAGAAGGGGACUACACAACAAUUCAGGUUGUACUGGGGUGCUCUAUCCACAGCACAGCAAGAUGAAUAUCAAGCUGAGGCUGAGCAUCUCAACAGUGCUGGUUCCUGGAAGAAGCUUUCUGAUUCUGUUGUCAUCAAUGGCAUUCUCUACUAG